CCCGCUAUUAUAACAUUUUGUGCAAGCCACACGUUGGGACGCGCGCCCGCUGAGAUUACCGUUCUCGAUAGAUCCACCAAACGCCCGAAAAAGCAAGAUGUCACUAAAGAAGAACGUCCCGAAGACAAUGCAUCUCACAUUGGUUUUCCCCAGGCCGCAUGCGGAGCGUUUCGGAUAACUCAUCCUGUUCAGUUGCAGAGCGCCACAGGAAAGGCUUCGGAGCUUGCGCUUGAUCUGUAUACACGCUAUUGUAGACUGUUGUUGCUUUUCUUCCUCUCGUCGCGACCUGCGUUCUUCCCCAGCUCCAUCCCCACAGACGAGGCAGAAUCAUGAGAUCGUGACACUGUCACUAUGAAGAUCUGCGCUCCCGCAAAACAAGAAAACGGUCAUCAUCAACUUAACGUGCUCACUUCGGUGACGGCACAAUCAUACGAUGUCUUGAUUGAUGUCGAGAUAAGUCUGUCCCGGGAGGCAGCGAUCAUCCCAGGACGCAGUACUUCUCGAAGGCAGCUUUACGGAAUUAUCCAGACGCCAAUCGGUGCCCCUCUUGCGUGCCUUUUUGCGGAACACACCCAAUGCACGAGCACAGCAGCAACGUGGGCAUCGCAUCCACUUUUAGUACCUGUCGCUGCCAGCCGUCAGGGCUCCUGUGCGCAGGGAGACCCUUUGCAAUGUGCACCUGCGUGCGCUCUCUUGUCGUCGCACCUGGAGCCUCAGGAUCAGUCACCUGCCACGAACAUCUUGUGCCAUCGGCCAUACAGACCACCAUUCCCCGACCUCUACUGCCGUUAUGGACACCGAGCGCCGCGUACUCGCCGCGGGCACGACAGCGGUGAUCGCCUUGUGCCCCUAAGCCCAUCAUUUCGUGCGAACAAGCGGGCCCCGGUUGCUUCACUCCGACACGAGUAUCAACGACAGGAGAGUCCUGGGAUCUGCGCGCAAAUGAAUCGAGUCAAGACGUUUGAGCGGUGUGCUAGACGUGAAGUCAUUGCGUCUUCGAGGUCCGCUCCGCCGCUGGUCAGCGCACAGUUCAUUCGACGGCCUGCUAGCAGCAACCAGCGUCAAAAUCUAACUCUUCCAAGAGUCAUUGCGCGCAAAUCAGCAAAUCUCAUGAGCAUCCGUUGGCCGAUUGCCCUCCAGAUAGCAGAGUUUGGUUCGCUAGACGGGAGCCGAAAUGGGCUCAACUCGGCACGUUUUACUCUCACAGACCAUGAGGGGAAGAGACGAUAUCUCGGUGCUACCCCUGGUGCGAGAUUGGAAGGAUAUUACUCCGAGCUUGGUGGCCAGUGCUAA